ACGCAUUGAUGAAACAAAAAUGCCAUUAAUUUUCUUUUUCCAGGUGUUUAAAUAAACUGAGAAGUAAUGAGAUCUAUCAGACUAAUAAUUUCAACUUACUUAAAGGGUCUCAUGUGGUAAAGGGAUGUUAUCCAGAAAAAUUACUAAAAGCAUGGGAUAAAUUUUCAAGAGAAAAAACUGCUCUUAACGUUAGACCAGACCUAUUUGAUGAAGAACAGAUGUUUGUAAUCAUUGAACUGGAAUAUGGUGGUCAGGAUCUAUCCUCUUUUGUGCUUCGUAAUGCAUGUGAAGCAGAAAUUGUAUUCAAGCAACUUGCUAUUUCAUUGGCCAUUGCAGAAGAAGUGAAUUUAUUUGAGCACCGAGAUUUACAUCUCGGAAAUAUUUUAGUUAGUCGAACUAAAAGUAAAUCUGUUUCAUAUACUUUUAGAGGUGAACGAUUUUCAAUUGCAAGUGGAGGUCUGAUGGUGAAUAUUAUAGAUUUUACACUCUCACGCAUUUUAGAAAGUGGUGUAAUCUAUUAUAACGACCUUGCUGAUGAUAAAUCUCUAUUUGAACAAACUGGUGACAUACAAUUCAAUGUUUAUAAAGCCACCAAACUUCAGUUGGAAAACAAAUGGCAUGAAUGCUUGUUGUUCUCAAAUGUGCUAUGGUUGACUUUCUUAUGCCAAAAAUUUCAAGAACAUAGUUACAGUCGACCAUCAAGCACUAAGCAUGCGAAAAGUAUGAACAAUAUAAAAAUGCUUAUUACCCAAAUGACGCAGUGCAAAAGUGCCUUAGAUUGUCUUGAAGCAUGCAAGAUUUUACGAGUACCAGAUAAAAUUGAAGGCCCAGUAUCCAUGCAAAAUAGUGGUACAGUGUUCAUUGAUCGGAAAUCUUUGCAAAAAGGGAAAACUUUAUGUUUAUUUGAUUGAUUGGAAUUGAUUAUAUAUUGUAUUCAUUAAAAAAAUAUUCCAUGAUAUUUUGAAAUUUCAUUUGAUUUCAUAUGAAUAAGAAAAUAUAUAAUAGUAUUUUUGUAAAAUGUAUUAUUAUUAUUAAAAAUAAUGCAAAAGUGCCUGGUAGUCUGUGAUAGAUGAUUAAGAUCAAAUAUCUUAGGCAAAUUUGAUGCUGCCUAUACUCAAAAUAUUUCAAAAGGUUCUAUCUUCAAAAGCUUCAGCCAGCUGUUAGUAUUAAUUAUUUAAAAGAUAUGAUGUUACAACUCUUUGACAAUCUUUUAUUAUUUCAUGUUGCUUUAUUCAUUUUAUAAUUUUUUUUUGGAUACUCUCAUCACUUUUGUUAAGUAAUUUGGUAUAAAUUAUUUCUAGAUCAGCUUUUCUGACUUCAAGAGUAUAUAAAAUGUUAUUUUUAUUUUCAUUUUAUUUAGGUUAAGUGGUGAAUAUACCAUAACUGUAUGUGAUAAGUUUUGCGUUUUUUUUUAAAUAGUUGUAUGACUAGUGUAUUCUUCUAAUGUAAUUACAUUUUUUGAAAUGAGCUUUAUUUUUUGUUCAUUUCAUAUUAUUAUAUUUCAUAAUUGUUUUAUUGUGUUAAGUUUUUUAUUUGUUUCACCAUUCAUAUUUAUUUCAUAUUUAUUCAUAUUUUUUCUCAAACUUCAGGUCACUUUCUGUUUUUAAUCUCAUAUGUGCAACAAAUUAACUGUUCUAAAUUGCUUUUAAAAUGAUUUUAAAUGUAUGUCUUUUAGUGCAAUGCAGUUAUUUUGAAGAAUAUAUUGUGAUCUCAUUUUUCUUUAUAUAAUAAUGUGUGACUUGACUUAAUGUAAUAUCUAUUUUAAAAUAAAUAAAUAUAUUAUUUA